AUGAGCCAUCACAGCAGCUACUACGGAGGCCUGGGCUUCGGCUACGGGGGCUUCGGUGGUCUGGGCUUUGGACAUGGCAUUGGAUGUGGCAGCUUCCAUAGACUGGGCCAUGGCUUUGGCUUCAGAGGCUACGGAUAUGGCUCUGGUUGUGGAAGCCUUGGAUACGGCUGCUGUCUAUGUCCAUCCUUCUGUAGAAGAUAUGGAUUUUCCAGCUUCUACUGA